UGGAGCACUAUUCUUCCCACUGGCACAAAUGGUGGGGCACUAUUCCUCCCACUGGCACAAAUGGUGGGGCACUAUUCCUCCCACUGACACUAAUGAUGGGGCACAAUUCCUCCCACUGGCACAAAUGAUGGGGCACAAUUCCUCCCACUGGCACAAAUGGUGGGGCACUAUUCCUCCCACUGACACCAAUGGUGGGGCACUAUUCCUCCCACUGACACCAAUGAUGGGACACUAUUCCUCCCACUGACACCAAUGAUGGGGCACUAUUCCUCCUACUGACACCAAUGAUGGGGCACUUUUCCUCUCACCAAUACCAAUGAUAGGACAUUAUUCCUCUCACUGACACCAAUGAUGGGGCACUACCCCUCCCAUUGACAUCAGUGAUGGGGCAUUUUUCUCUCACCAACACCAAUGAUGGGGCACUAUUCCUCUCACUGACACCAAUGAUGGGGUGAUAUUCCUCUCACUGACACCAAUGAUGGGGCAUUAUAACUCUCAAUGUCACCAUUGAUGGGGCUCUGGUUCUCCAGCUGACCAGUCA